GCACACAAGAGCUAUUACCAAGAACGGCACAUGUUACAGCCAUGACAGCGGUCGUGAUUCUCGCCAUCCUUUCUUUAGCAGGGGCGACAGCAAGCAAGAUCAUUUACCCAACUCUGGUGGAAAGUAGGGACCUUUACGGUCACAAAGUUGUACACAUCGACGAUGACCUAACUCUCACCCUGCGCAGAAGCGACUUCCUGGGGAAAGGUCUCUUCACUUUCGAACUGGAAGAUGGGCAGCUGCGUCCCGAACUUGUGAACACUGCUAUAUUUAACUUGCAUGAGGACACUGAGCACUUGUCGUCUGUCUUGGUGCACGAGCUGCAAAAUGGUGUGCAAUUGAGAGGCCUCCUGACGCCGUCCCUUUAUAUUGAACCUCUCUACAAGAUGGAGCGUUCCGAUGAUGGUCGAAUGGCACACAAGGUUUAUCAAGUGCGUGAGGACCUACCCAUCGGACAAUCAUAUCUGUGGACCCCCAUAGGCCCUCAACUUCCACUGACCGUCUGGAUUGACGUGGGCAUCGUGAGCGGCUUGGAGCAUCAGCAGUCUUUUAAUAGUCACAAAGAACACUUGCUCUACCUGGUCAUCUUCAUGAGAUCGGUUACUCUAAGGUUUGCCGGCACUCUACCCAGGAUCAAGUUCAGGCUCGUUGGUGUCUACUGGUCAAAGGGUACAGAAGAAUUUAAUAAAUUACUGCAAAGCGGUCCCGAAAAGCAGGUGGACGGGGAAGAUGUACUUGAGGAUCUCCAAAAAUAUUUGAACGCUACCAGCAACGGCACCUAUCCAACGCCGGACACCGUAUACCUCAUCACAAAGCGACAGAACAUCACAGAGUACUUCGAUGAAAAGAUGACGCGUUUUGAAUUAGUUCAAGGAAUGGCAUACCAAGGAGGCGUCUGCUCUGAAUACAACGUUGCUGUCGGCUGGGACGAUGGAAGAUUCUACCAUGGCGUAGACACGGCUGUACGGGAAAUAGCACACUUGCUGGGUGCUCCCUGGGACUUCGAGACAGAUGCAUGUGAUCCAUCGGAAGGCUAUGUGAUGGGAGAUAUUAAGAAAUCGUCUCCUAAUGGAUACAAAUUUUCUGUGUGUAGCCAGGCAGGAAUGAUCAACACCCUACACGAACGCUUGCUCGAGGAUUUAAAGUUGAAGAGGAGCAGCGACGCAAGAUAUGGGACGGCAUGCUUCGAUUCGCCUUAUAGCUCGAUGGCUGAUUUUAGUGAAAAAUUACCUGGCGAGAUCAUCGACCAGGUGCAGUUCUGCAGGGACGUUAUGCCAACUGAACACAAGUCAUAUGUCCACCUUUGUGAGGGAUGGUUUUCGAACGCGGAGUGGAAAAUGGAAGAGUGCGUGACACGUUGCUGCUACGGAAGUGGCAUGAAGCUCUAUGAGCAGAUUCCAUACAGAUCCAUGGACGGGUUCAAAUGCUUUAGAAGCAAGAAGGUAUGCUACGCCGGGCAAUGUGUGGACCACGGCACGGACGUCAAUACGUUUUGGUAGAAUAAAUAUGUGUCCUGAGCA